CCUAGGCCUAGUGAAAAGGGUUCUUUCUCUUAUAUUUUACAUGAAAAUCAAAGUCAUUUUGACGCUUAGCAUGCCGCGAAUAUUUAGAAGUUGAAACUUCUUCUCUGAUGAUAAAUAGGCUGUGGUACAAUCUGACAACAUGAGUGCCCAGCAGAUGUUAGCUGUGCUCCGGGACCUGGGCUAUCCCAAGGCCGGCAAACUGGACCCCAAAGGUCUGGAGUGGAUGUUUGAAAAUGAUGCAAUGCUGCCAUUUCUGGAAUGGUUCUGCAACAGCAUCAGUGCUGCGAAUGUUCUCACCAAGGAAGAAAUGGAACAGUUCCAUUCAUUAGAAAGUGCAAAGGAAAGCAUUUUGGAAGGUGAACAACUAGAUCAGGCAUUGAAAAACUUGAAGGUUUCUCAGAAUGAACAAGUACCUGUGGCACAGUUAGAACAAGAGGUAGAACAGUUAAGAGAGAAUUUGGAGAGAUGCAGAACAAGAAAGCAAAGUCUGAUACAAAAGAGGAACAAGUUAAGUCUUCAUCACACGUCACUGAGCCACAGACAAUCCAAACUUUCCCAGACAGAGGCUAGAGUCAAAUCCCAGUACAAAAGAAGUUUGGAGCAAAACAAAACAGAUAAUGAUAAAGUGAAUUCUAGUUUGGAGCACCUGGCAGAGCGUGUGGGACAGCUGAGUGAAAUUUACGAGUUACCUGUCCAGGAGAAAAGUAAGGAGGCUGUUCCAAUGUUCCUGUCUCAACUAGCACUAGACGAGUACUAUCUAAAGGAGGAAAAGUUCUCACAGGAGUUAUCUCUCUUUACAAAGAAGAAAUUUUUUGAGGGCAUAGCUGAUGUAGCUGGCCAAAGUGAGGGCUCAAGAUACGAAAUACUGGAAAUCAGUGACCCCAAUCUGUCCUUGAUUAGAGGUGUAGGUCAAGAGGUCAACAUCAGCCAGUGCAAAGAAUUGUCCAGAAUCAAGAAGAGUUAUCCUGCUGCUAAGCUGAAACACAUUGAAGCCAAGAUAGCCAGUGUCCAGUCAGAACGACGGCUGGAAACAGCGGAGGAUAUUCUGAAAACGGUUCAAGCUGGAGAGUUCUCCAAGGACUGUAACUCUAUAAAUAAACGUUUGAGUGAUGCUGAUUCUUCCUUACAAAUGGUACAGAGAGAGCUGGAGAGUUUGGGUGGAGAUGAAGUCCCGGGAUUGAUUCAGGACAGCAUGUCUUCCCAGGUCUCUCACAUCCUGACAGGGGACUACAACCUUAAACUGGCCAGACAGGAUUACUUCAUCUCCAACCAGGACCAGGUUAUACAUCCCUUAGUUCAACAGCGAGCUAGGAAUGAAUUUCUGACAAUGGCAUUUGAACUUGAGAACCGUAACCAUCGAGACAUCCAUCGCUUGCUGGUGGCCGUCAAGCAGCUGUUACACAACCAUUUAAAAGGAUGGCAGGCCAGGAUGAAAAUGAUGGAGGACCCUUUGUUAACAACAGCAAAAUAUAAAAGAAGCACAAUAGACUCCAGGGACAGUUUUGCCAAACGAUUACAUCAAGUUUUGGAAGUGGAAAAUACAGAGCACAUAUUUCUUACAUAUGCAAGUUUAGAAAAUGGGGCAGAAAAGCUGAAACAUUGUUAUUCAGUGAGCUGUAGCCAUGCGGAGACUGUGAGAGACAGCAAGGAGGAGCUACUAGAGGUUUUGGAACAAAAUGUGCAAUCCUGUGAGGAAAUGAUAUACUCAAGGUCCAGCACAACACAUGGUCAGCCCUCCCUGACCCCUCCUGAACUCCAGUCAACCAUGAUGCAACUGGAGGGAAUGCUGGGAAGAUUAGAAUCGGCCAUCAAGGACACUGUCCGCAAUCUGGAACAGAAGAAACAGAUUUUGAAGAGUGAUCCUCUUUUAUACAAGGAGAGAAAGCUGUUUAUGUACUUUUUCACCAACCCUGCCUGCUUAAGACAGUUAUUUGAUGAAAUGUCAUCUCGACUACAGGCUCAAAAAUUACAAUGACAUGAAAUUUUCUUACAAAAAUAAAAUAAUGUUUUGUUAUACACUCUAA